AUGCGUUAUCGAAUAGUUGCGAGUAUAGUGUUAUCCCGCGCACCAGUUAUAUUAAGAGAUCCACAUCCUUUUGAACUUCAAUAUUACUUGUAUCAACAAAAAUUAGGACAGCUACAUUCCACACCAUUUCCAAUUAAUUUUUACUUUAAAAAAGGUAGUUUGGCAGAAAAACAAUGGUUGCAACGAAAGAAAAACCUUGUUGAUGAAGCUGUUGAAUCAUUUGAUUUCAAAAAUGAUAAAAAUGGUUCUCAAAUUUUGAAGUCAUCAUUAUUUAAAAAUUACGAGGAUGUUGCAACGUCAUCAGCAUCAGAUGAUUUUUCUACAGGUAUACAAAUAGAAGAAGAAUUAAAGAUUGCUAGUAGAAUUACCAAGGCUGACAUGGAAAACAAUGUUAAAUCACUUGAUCGUGCUUUGCAAAGAACUUUAUAUUUAAUUGUAAAGAAACCAAGAUUAGAAGACUCUUGGCAAUUCCCACAAGGCGGUUUGGAUGGAUCAGAAACUUUAUUAGAGGCUGCAACUAGAGAGUUGAAAGAAGAAUGUGGAGAUAGUAUGGAUAUUUGGUUUGUGGGCAGAAGGCCGAUUGGUUAUAAUAAAUAUAAUUUUAAGAAACCUCUACGUAAAGAUGAAAUAGAAUACAUAGGAUCCAAGGCACAUAUAUUUGCUGGACAAGUUAAAGUUGAUAACAAGGAAAUUAUAGAUUUUGCAUGGGUCACUAAACAAGAAUUAAGAGAAUAUGUAGAGAGUUACUAUUAUGAUGCGGUAAAAGAUAUGCUAUCAGAACUAUAA